UAUACCCCAAUUUCACUAGCAGCUGCAAAAGUUUUUGUUUAUAAAUAUUUUUGUUAAGAAUUGUACGACUGUCGACGUUGUCAAGCAAUAACAUCGUCGUACAUCUUUCCAAAUUAAAUAACUUUUUUUAAAGUUGGCAUUGACACAGUAUUUAAUAACUAACUAAAUAAAAAUAUCCGUGUGACAGAUUAAUAUUUUGAUAAUAAGAUGGACCAGAUUGUGGGCAGUUUAACUGAUGACGAGAAGCUGCGUUUAGCUGAGUUGUUGGGUGAGGACGAUGAAGACAUGACCUCGGAGCACGCUGAUUGGAUAGUAGAUGUCAGCGACGACAACCAAUCCUGUGACGAAUCCGAUCAGCCGACCGACAGUGUUCUCGCAUUCAGCUCAACUACCAACCUCGAUCAUUAUCACUAUGAAGACCACCAGGAUGGUGAGAAAGAGGACAGUGAUGUGGAAGAGGAGGAUGAAGAAGGAGAGGAUGAUGAUGACGACGAUGAUGGAAUAGAGUCGCUGGAUAAUGCCAGUCGAAAUUCGGUUGAUUCCGAAAAUUAUAAUCCGUACAAUACUGAUCCGGAACUGUUGACCCGGCUUGAUCAGAUUGAUGAUAAACUUAAGAAACUGAACAAUGAUUACUCUAAAACAAUGGAAGACUUGGUCAGAUUCCAGGAGGAUGAUUUCGAUCUAAAAGCAAGGCUGAAGGACAUUGAUGAAAGCCUCAAGAAAUUGUCUUGUGACAACACUGCACUAUUUUAUUUUGAUCAAAAUACAGAAACGACUGAUAAUGGUUCAAAUCCAGAAGAAUGCAACCCAAAUUUAGAGGAAACUCAAAACCCCAGUGAUGAUGUUUUGCUGUUGAAUGACAACGAAAAUAUAUUCAACAUCAACUACAGUGAAGCAUGCGAUUGUAGUGAAAACUGGGCCAAUGUGAAGAAGAAGUAUGAUCUUCAGAUUCAUAAAAUUGAGGAUAUGCUUGAAAAGCUAUGCGAAACUAAUGAUAAGAAUAUAUGCAUGAAGAAUGAAGAAGAAUUAAGAGAAAGAGGAAAUCGAGCACCAGAGUACGAAAUUGACUAGUGAUUGUACAUUAUUCUCACAUUUUCUUGAUAAAUUUAUUUUCUAGUCAUAACGUUUAAACAAAAUUGUAUUGUUGUGUAUUUUAUUGAAUUGUAAUCACUUUUAUCGAACAUCGAAAAUAUAUAAUAAUUAUCUAUUACUAUGAA